UUCCCCUGGCACCCCUGCAUUCCGGCUCCAGGCUCAGGCAGGGACGGACUCUGUUUUGUCAGUGCAGCCAUACUGCAGCCAGGAAGAGGAGCUGAUCCCUGGAGCUCAUCGCCACAAACGUGUGCAACUGAAACCUCCAGCCAUGCUGAAACAGAUAUUAUCAGACAUGUACAUUGAUCCUGAGCUGCUGGCAGAACUCAGUGAGGAGCAGAAGCAGAUCCUCUUCUUCAAGAUGAGGCAAGAGCAGAUCAGACGGUGGAAGGAAAGAGAAGCUGCCGCAGACAAGGCUCCAGCCAAGAAACCACCAUUGAGAAAAGCCAGCGCGAAGUCGGUGAAAUGGAAGCUCGGUGCUGACAAUGAUGUCUGGGUCUGGGUGAUGGGUGAGCAUCCAUCAGAUAAGUCGUAUGCUGCCAUCUGUGAAGAGAUCCAGGCACAAAGGGCAAAACGCUUAGCGAGCGAGCAAGGCAAGGAGGCCAGAGAGACUGACUCUUCUGUAACAUGCUCUCUGCAUCCACAACCGGGAGUCCUGGGUGGGAUGGAUGUUCGCAGGAACAAUAAAAGCAGUGUGGAAGAGCAGAAGGAAGAUGGGAGAAAAACAACUGCCACUAGAACAGAGAAAAGCUGGGAGCUCAGAGAGAGGGAAGCCAGGGAUGUUCACCAGAUGCUGGCAGACUGCCGCAUGAGGGAGUGUGGCUUCCAACAGACUAAGGAAGCGCAGAAGAGAAAUUCAGGACAAGAGACCACAGCCCCCCAGAAAACAAUACCACAGAGAGACGCAAGUUCGGAGAGCCAGAGCACGCUGCAGAAAUCUGAUGAGACUGAGCCUGAAUGGCAGGAAUCCUUGCGGAAAUCCAAGGCAGCAGAUGAGAAGAGACGCUCCCUUGCACAGCAUGCCAGGGAUGACUACAGGAGGCUUUCGCUGCAAGGCAUCCGCAGAGGGAAGCAGGCAAACAUUUCCAAGAGUGCCACAGCAGGAGAUCGGCGACCACUCCAAUACCCACCUCUCCCACCCAUUAGAUAAGUCCUGUCAUAGACUGAAAAGCUGCCGUUUGAAGUUGAUGCACAAACUGCAGUCUUUUGUAACAGGAAAGAAGGAAUCCAGAGGACAGUCUCCAGUUCCACUGAAGAAAGCAUCAUCAAGUGGUUCAAGGAGGAGCAGUUCCCUCUGCGAGCUGGCUAUCAGAAAACCACAGACACAAUAGCGCCUUGGUUCCACGGUAUCCUAACCUCCAAGAAAGCAGAAGACCUUCUGAGUAAGGCACCACCUGGGAGUUUUCUACUCCGGGUCAGUGAAAAAAUCAAAGGCUACGUGCUCUCCUAUCAGUCUGUGGAGGGAUGUAAACACUUCCUUAUUGAUGCUUCCGGUGAUUCCUACAGCUUCCUUGGAGUGGAUCAGCUAGAACAUUCAACACUGGCUGACCUUGUUGACUACCACAAGGAGGAGCCCAUCACUUCCUUGGGGAAGGAGCUGCUGCUUUACCCGUGUGGCCAAGAGGACCAAGAACCAGAUUACCUCGCUCUCUUUGAAUGAACCUACCAGUCUCGCUAUGCAACCUCAAGCCUAUUUUCAUAAAGACUGUACUUUGAAGCAUAGCUGCCGACGCUUACCUGAAACAGUUGCCAUAAGUGCCUCUACUUUAAAUUCUUCAUACGAAAGCAGGGGGAAGAUAAAAGUACUGUUGUGGGCUUGUAUCAGCUGAGUCACAGCAUGCAGCAGCCCAGUAAGCUAAAGCACCUAGAUGUAACAACGCACAUUGGAAUGAAUUAGAUGACAGGGUAAUCCCUUGCACAGGGAAAUACUGCCACGUAUUUUCUAUGAGUUUUUGCAGGUCCUUGGGGAAUAUCUACGUUCAAGCUGCCUCUUGCUCUUGAAUGCAAGGCUGUGUGCCAUCUGGGAAAGAGACUAGUAUCUACAACUGAAUGAGAUCAUACCUUCCUGAAGGCACAAAUCAACUUGGAGAGGUGAAUCAGUCUUGAUAGUAAACUGUAUAAUGUGAAGCUUAAUCCUGUGAGACGCUGUGCCCUCAGAAUCAAGGAUGUUCAGCAAAACACUCAAACAAAUCCUUGAUGCCUCUAGGUGAAACCCCUUGUGAAGUGGGAUUUUCAUGAAACAUGCAUUUUUUUUAAACUCCUUUAGUUUCUGAAAAUUUAACCUGUGUCUAAAGCUGACAUUGGCCUUUCUGCAUAGACAAGAGAUUAACCUUUUGAAAAAGAGGGGAGGAAGGGAUAUAGGAAUUUUGUCUGAAAGGCUUUAACACAUUCACAGAGCCUAAGCAAUGUAGGAAGCGGUGCCUCUAUCAGUAUUAGUACAGUUUACAGAGAAGUGUUUGCCAGUAAAGA